AUGGACAAAACUUUGAUGCCACAAUGUUCAAGUAAUUUCUACUCCAAGGAUUGCCAUCUUCAGUGCAAGCCAUCCUUGUACCUAGCAUUUCUUCCUCGUUUGUCCAAAUGCUCGCGGAGACUGCCGAUCGCACUCUGAGAUUUACCAGCCACUAGUUACAGUCAGUGCUGCUAGUCGGUGCCGGCCAAAUCUUAUUUCGUAGCCGUACCGGUUAGAGGUUAGGGUUAUUGGUCAGGCCUGAGGAUUAGGGGUAAGGGGUUAGAGUAAUGGUUGGGGAUAGGAGUUAAGGUUGCGGGUUAGGGCUAGAGAUUACGGUUAGGGUUAAACCUCCUAUUACCAUUUGUCCCGUAUGACGGGUGGCUGGGGCUUGUCAACUGCAGGUACGGCCACGAAAUAAGAUCGAACUGCCGUACCACAGCUGUGCCAACUGCGCCAACAAUCGAGAAUGUAAUGAAAAGUCUAGACGCUUUCAACCUUGAAGUUUCUCAGCUUUGUGCCUAUUGUGCCUCUCACCGUCGAAGUCCUUCCAUUACUCGCCGUCAGGUGUCUCAGGCAAUGUUAGGUCUUUUUAGAUCUGGCGAUAUUUGCUGGUAACAUCACACAUUUGCGCAAAAUGCCCAUAAUUACCAAUCUCUAUGUCGUUAAGAGAAAUCCUCGCCGGAAAUUUCACCUGCCGGCCGGUAACGGCGGCGGACUUGGUCGGUCCAACCUCCCCGAAUCGCCUGCUCCACAUUUUCGACGGGAGUUUCUGCCGUAAUUUCCUCGUGGAAGUUGAUGCUGGAAUCAGUUUACUUGCAUCUUCUCCGACUGACCUAAGUCGCCCAACUCUUUAUUUUUAUCUAUGCAGCUAGUAGUACCUUACUUGGUCAGUGAUAACUAACUCUAAACCGUGUGUUACGACGUUUUAUCGCCGGAUAUUUACUAAUACUGAUGUUCAUACCGCCAUUUAUCGGUGCCGAUUUUAUGUUCUUUUUCGGUCUCCUCGUUAAGGUCGGAUCUCAAAAGCUAGAUGGCAUCAUUAUAUUCUCAUUGGUUAACCCGUAGCAUGUCAUCCCUAGUUUAUGCAUUUCAACAAUCUCUUUGUCUGCUUCCAAUCAUCGUUUGCUUUCGGAAUUUUCAUCUCUCAUCCAGCCUUCGCAGGUUAAUCAGUUUACUAAACAUUCUGUCAUUAUAAUAUCUAGACUCCGGGAGUACCCACUUUUAGUCGUCUAUGUCGCUUAACGACUGACAAACUAGCCUUUGCCAAGGCUACAUUCAGCUAUGUGAUGGAGCUGGACAUAGUUCGCCCCUGUAAUAGUCCAUGGGCCGCCCCCCUGCACAUAGUUUGAAAAAGGUGACCGACACCAAUACGGUAAUCAUCGACGAUUAACCAACUGCCCUGUUCCCGGCAGAUAUUCGCUUCCCCACCUCUACGAUUUUUCCUCUAGCCCAGCCAGUGCAAUAAUAUUUUCCGGCGCUGACCUAGCAAAAACCUUUUACAAAAUUCCCUUUGCUCCAAAAGACAUUCCAACAAUGGUGACUGCGAUUCCAUUUGAUCUUUUCGACUUCGUUAGAACUUUUGGUCUACGUAACUCCGACCAGACAUUUCAACGUUUCAUUAACGAGGCCCUCUGGGACGAACCUUUAGUUUUUGCUUAUGUCGAUGACCUUCUAGUUGCAACUUCCAGUGAACAUCUACACCUGUAACACCCACGUCUGAUUUUUGAACGUUCCCUCGCUCUUGUUCUCAGGACACCAUGUAAAUGUUUUCAGUUGCCAUUCCAUAAACGUCAAAGUUGUAGCUGCUCGCGAGCUUCCUACUCCCACUUAUUUCCGACAGCUGUACCGUUUUAUAGACCUUGUCAGUUUUUAUCGACAUUUCAUCCCCCAUUAUGUUCAAUUUAUGUCACCCCUCAAUAGGCUUUUACUGGAUAACAACCGCCAGUUUUCUUUUCCUGACAGCCGUUGACGCCUUACAGCGUGUCUAAGAGACACUUGCGGAUACAACUCCUCUUUCCUACCCUCUAGCUGAUGCCCCGCUCUCCAUUGUUACUGACGCCUCCAAUUGUUCCGCAAGUGCUGUCCUCUAUCAACGGACCCCAAUGAGCAUCCCAACUCUGGCCUUCCACCACCAAACUCGUUAUGGUAAUUUUAAUAGAGAACUCCUUGAAAUUUAUCCAGCCAUUCAGAAUUUUUGUAACUUUGUUAAAACUGUGAUUUUUGUAUUUGCACUGACUAUAAGCCUCUUACACUUUCUCCGCUCCCUCUGACAAGUAUUCACAUUGUGUGGCCCAUUAUCGUGAUUCUAUUUUCUAGUAUACCACGGAUAUUUGAUUUCUUAAAGACCUCUUUAGUCAGGUCGCCGACUGCCUAUCACGAACUGAAAUUAAUGUUAUGGCUCACUCUUUCGUCGACAUAGAUCGCAUAGCCGAGUUACAGCCACAUCCAAAUUUUCCUGAACAACUGAUGCAUACCGGCCGUCACAUUAAAGCCAUCGCUCUGUUCUCCACCUCCAGUAAAAUCAUGUGCUGCCUGUCGCGCGGUCUCUCUAGUCCUAUAAUGCCAGGUAAGAUGCAACGACAUAUUUCUACCGCGUUGCACUGUCUCACUCACCCUGGCAUCCAGGCUACUCACUGCCUCGUUAGUGAGCGUUUUGUCCGGCCCAGCUGUAACACUGAUAUCCGCAGUUUGGCCUGCCAGGAAGCCGAAAUGGGGAGGCGCAAUAAAACCCCUACUCAGCCUAUCGCAACUCCGAUUACAAACAUUCCUGCUGACAUUGUCGACCAUAACCUUUUGGAACACUAGAUUCCCCAUCCCGGUGUCGCCACUACUAUUAACAUCGACUGAAGCCAGCAACUUUAAUUUAGACUUUUAUUGCUCUUACUGACCUCCUCGGAUGGUUUUUGUAUUCCCAAAUCUGUCUAGUUGAGCUUUCUCACCGUCAACUGAAAGCCUCGCUUCGGGCCUGUGGCAAACUCCCCUCAUGGGAGCGAGCAUUUCCUUUUGGCCAUGCUCGGUAUCCGCACUGUACUCAUACCCGACUUGGAGUGUUCUGCUGCUAAACUUGUUUACGAAACUACCGUAAGUAUUCACGGCAAUUUUUUUCGGACGUCUCAAAGCUUAAUUAAUCUGGAUUCUACCGCAUAUAUCCAGCAGUUACGCCAUGCAGUGACCAACCUCCAAGCCGUACCUCUACGCGUUCGAGCAAGCCAUACAUUAACCCCAACCUUCUAACACAUUUUUUGUAUUUGUUCGUGUAGAUAUUGUUCGUAGGCCACUACAACGGCUCUACAACGGACCCUCUCAAGUCCUGUCGCGCACAGACGUUUCAAAAUCGUCCAUGACGAUCGUACCGAAGUGGUCUCACUUGAUCGGUCGAAAGUGGUUUAUGCCGACCCUCUUUCGUUCACCACAACAGACCAACCUUCUUCACCUGCCACGGUGUCCUCUCCGAUUUUCUACCCUCUGCUUACAUCAAGCAAACCUGUGCAUUUCCCUACCCCUAAAUCCACCCCCUACGCGCAGUGGUCUCAUGUCCGUUUCCCUGAACGUGUCCAACUUGUACAUUAUUCAUAACGAGUGUCUAAUUCACACCCAUUUCACAUAUUCGAAAUUUUCUCCCCUAGUAGGGGGAUUAUUCCAGUGACGUAAAAACAUCUUCUUCUCGUUUGCAAAAAGUACUCCUACAAAAGCUAGACACAACUUCCAUUGACAAUCUAACAUCAAACUGCAUUCUCAUAGCUACUUUGUUUCUUCUCAUUCUAUUCGCGUAUACAACCGCGCAUAUCUAUAUUUUAAAUCCAAGUGCUGACCGGUUUAUCUUUUCCAGACUAUCAGAAGCAGGGGAAAACUACUUAUAUUUCUUCCGAGUCACCUCGUUCUAGGCGCAGUGCCAUGGCGAAUUCCUAAGCAUAUAACAUGACUUUUGGUGUUUUCUCUGCUGUGUACACAGUUAUGACGUUCACGGUGACAUACAAUACAUGGAAUUUUUGCACAAGCAUGUUACUUAAUCAUAUAUAUCUUCCUAUGCUCUUGUGCCUUUUAGAUUGUAUACCGCAUAUAUGUGGAGUCUGAAAUGA